GGGAUCACUUGCACCUGCUUGAUAGACAACCCAUCGUACAGACCUCGCUAAAUGAAUGCCUACAUUCGGCACACAGGAUAAGCUAGGAGCAAUUUCACUGAAUGCAUAGGGCUUAUUGCAAAUUUUGGGCACAAUUUAGUCUACCAACAGGUACCUCAUCACCUUUAACCCUUUGUGCCUCUAGACUUUGACUAACUAUCCCUUAGCCUUUUUUUGUCCAGUGGUUGUUCAGCAGAUUCCUACGAACCGAAACUUUGGUGUUUUGACAUGCUGCAGUUUUUAAACGAAUGCGAUCCAGUGAGGGAAAGCCAAUCAAAUAUUGAACCAUCAGAGACCCAAAUAUUCACGCCCAAUGGUACUACAGUUACAUAUGAUGAGGAUAUUGUGUUUGAAGGCACGCUGGAAGACCUGGAUGAAUAUGAAGUUGAUGCUUUCAAUAACAGUCCAUGCACUUCACAAACAUCGACAUCAAGGGCAACUACACCUACAGUAUCAAAAAGCAAGAGGAAAAUGCAGAACUCUGUGGCAGACCUAAUCCAAACCGCUGUACAAUCCCUCGAAAGUUGCAAAAAAAGGCCCCACAUUGAAGAUGAAUUUGAUAUAUUUGCAAAGACAAUCGCAACAGAGUUGAGGAAAGUCGAAGACCCUUACAAAAUACGGAUGUUGAAGAAGGAGAUAUUUACAAAAGUUGUUGAUGCUCAAUAUGAUUAGAUUUUAUUUUGUACAUUUGUUUAUUGAUAAUAAUAAUGCUAUGCUAAGUCA